AUGACAACCUCUCAAAAGCACCGAGACUUCGUGGCAGAGCCCAUGGGGGAGAAGCCGGUGGGAAGCCUGGCCGGGAUUGGCGAAGUCCUGGGCAAGAAACUGGAGGAAAGGGGCUUUGAUAAGGCCUAUGUGGUCCUCGGCCAGUUUCUGGUCCUAAAGAAAGAUGAAGACCUCUUCCGGGAAUGGCUGAAGGACACGUGCGGCGCCAAUGCCAAGCAAUCCCGGGACUGCUUUGGCUGCCUGCGGGAGUGGUGUGACGCCUUCUUGUGA